CUCUCAUGCCUUACUCUGGCUGUUUUGUAUUUGUAUUUUUACUAGCUGGAAAUCAACAAUAAUAGAUUACGUCGGCUUCGUCCACUCUUUAAGUGACAAAGUAAAAGUGGCAUUGUAUUGAUGUAAAUUUUAUAGACGAUAGAUUACAUUAUUUAUCGCUGUUUAUUAUUUGCACCGUAACAAUUAGCGUAUACAGACUAUAUAAAUAUAUAGAGCCAAAGCCGCGUCUCCUUAAUCGGCAGUAAGAUUUGGAGCACCUGUUCUUUAUUUUAACAUCUGUAUAGUAAGAGGGACCGUAUCAUUUUAAUUAGUUGGAUUAGUUAUCUGGAUUCAGUUGGCAGAAAGCCUCAGCUGGACAGCCUCGACUGGAGAGCCGCUGUCUCGUCCUCCCCGCUACAGGAUUGGCUUCCGUGUCGCAUGGAUAAAAGGUAUGAGGACCAGGUGCAGUACUCAGGGUCAGAGGGCAUGUCUUUGGGGGGGUACAGAGAUAUCCAGGCUAUGAGGUCACUGCCACCCCCCCAAUAUGGUCAUCUUGCCGCAGACUCCCUGAAACACCAUCGUGACCAGAUCUAUGGUCACCCUCUGUUCCCCCUACUUGCUCUGGUGUUUGAGAAGUGCGAGUUGGCCACCUGCUCCCCCCGGGACACCACCACCUUCUCCUCAGCCACUCCCCAUAUCCCUGGCAUGACCAAUCACAGCGACGUCUGCUCCUCAGAGUCAUUCAACGAUGACAUCGCUGCCUUUGCCAAGCAGAUACGCUCAGAGAAGCCCAUUUUUUCCUCAAAUCCGGAACUGGAUAACCUGAUGAUCCAGGCCAUCCAGGUACUACGCUUCCACCUGCUCGAGCUGGAGAAGGUUCACGACCUCUGUGACAACUUCUGCCAUCGGUACAUCACCUGCCUGAAAGGAAAGAUGCCGACCGACCUGGUGCUGGAUGACCGGGAGGGCGGGUCUAAGUCAGACAUGGAGGAUUUUACUGGCUCCUGCACCAGUCUUUCAGACCAGAACCCGUCUUGGCUGCAGGACCCGGAGGACUGUGUAUCCACUCCCUCAGGUACCCCUGGCCCCUCCUCCUGCGGCUUGCCUUCACAUAGCACCGACAACUGCAGCGACACUGGGGACGGGCUGGACACGGGCGUGGCCUCCCCCAGCACAGGCGAGGAGGACGAGACCGACCGCGACAGGAGGAACAACAAAAAGAGGGGCAUCUUCCCCAAAGUGGCCACCAACAUCAUGAGGGCCUGGCUCUUCCAGCACCUGUCGCACCCGUACCCCUCCGAGGAGCAGAAGAAGCAGCUGUCUCAAGACACCGGGCUCACCAUCCUGCAGGUCAACAACUGGUUUAUCAAUGCAAGACGCAGAAUCGUUCAGCCCAUGAUAGACCAAUCCAAUCGCUCAGGUCAAGGCGCCCCCUACAGUCCGGAGGGAGCAGCAAUGGGAGGGUUUGGCUUGGAGGGACAGCCCCACCUGGGCAUCAGGGCCGCAGGGCUUCAGGGAAUGGCUGCUCUGUCUUCAGAAUACCCCGGGGCGGUCCUGCCCCAGCCGGGAUACCCCCACGGCCCCCCAUCUCUGCACCCCUAUCCGCCCCCUCAUCCAGCCAUGCUGCUGCACCCGCCUCCCCACCCUCACCCCUCGGACCCUCUCAUUGGUCAAGGCCUUGAUAUACACGCCCACUAGCCUGGAAGGGGGCGGGGCUCCAAGGGGGAGGAGGACACAGAGUGAAUCUGACACAGCACACUUACAUAAUCCAUAAAACACACACUGCUACUUACAGUAACGCACACAUGUGUACACGCAUUCUCAGAUUCUGACAUAUCUGGAACACCACUGUACAUAAAAAUAUUCACAAACAUACAUACACACACACACAUACACACCAGUUAGCAUUACCACUCAUAUACGAACAAACCAGGUGUUAAAGAUGAACUUUCCCCUGACAUAAAUAAAACAAACCUUUCAUCCCUUUGCACAAAAAUGCACCAAUACACUCCAGUCUUCCUUAGUACUUGAGCACUACGUUGACAGAUCCACGAAAAACACUACCCUCCAAAUUACCCCCACUGUUUUGAUCCCCUUUCCUCACCCUAGCAGUUGAGGUCCCCUGUCCUUGUGGUCACUCACAUCCCUCCCACAGUGUCCCCCUUAAGAGCUGCUCAGCCGAAUGAACACAAUGAUGGCCUUACAUAAGGCUCUUCCGGAAGAAGCAAACCAAAUCAACGCCGCCAGCAGUUCCUGUCUCAGCCACAAGGGCCGGUGCCAGUUAGAGCAGCCUUUGAUGUAAUGCCCACUGCCUCAGUGUCAGGGCCCCAAGCCUCUUGGACUUUCAACAACUGUAGCGUGGGAGUGCCAGUCUUCCGCAGGGUGAGGCUGACCCCUGCCAUCACCGGAGGGGCACAUGAGGGUGAGACGUUCGGGGGUCACAAGGAGAGGAUGGGUGGGAUGUGUUCUGCACCCUCCUGGAAAGCCGCUCUCUGUUCAAUCCCAGUCUUCCCGCCGACACCAGACUGAAAAGGGUGCGCCGACACACCCCGUGGGAACAGAGGCACGGAACGCAAGUGUUACACCAUGACAGAAAUCAGCAGAACAGUGUAAGACUGAGUGGAGGAUCUGUGUGUCUUUCCAGCAAUCACCACUAUGCCAUGUUGUCACGUAUUAUUUAAUUUAAUUGUCCUUUUUUUUAAAUGUAUUUUUGUAUAUAUCUAUAUAUCAGAGACACAGCAUCAUGAAGGUUCUCAAAUCAUAAUAUUUCAGGGUGCCGGUGAAUGUGGACGCAUUAAACAUGUGACAUGUUAUUUUGCUUUAUGUUUUUGGUAUUUGUUGUACGUUGAAGCCUCCUUAAAGCACUGUGAGGUAAGAGAGGUGACCAGCUGACUGCUGCCUGUCCGUUCGCGCGCGAGUGAUGUCACGCGGUGGCCCGAGCGCGACCCUGCGAAUGUCUUCCGAAUGCGGUCCGCCCGCACGGCCGAAGAGUCCCUCUGAUCUCAACCACAGCCACGCCGCUUCCGUCUCCACAGAAACAAACACGCACACGCCGCUGUUACGUAGGGUCACGGGCACAGUGCUUACUCCAACCCCUCCCACACGAGGUACAACCCCUCCCCCC